UAAAGUCCUGGUUUCAAUUCACUUAUCCUUCUUCAGUCUUCUUCAUUAGUUCAGUGAGCUCUGUAUUUCUCAGCAAUGGCUGUGCUACUAAGUAGACCAAAUUUGCGAGUCUACGCCAAUCAUGAAGCCUUCUUAUCUUCAUCGUCUAGUCUUGUCAUGGGUACCCAUGUCACCUCCUUCACUCCUUUCUCUGGGAAAAAUUCUUCUUGUCAAAAGAGAUUGCUUGUUUCUGCCAAGAGGAUUUCAGGUUUGGAGGAAGCUAUGAGAAUCAGAAGAGAACGAGAGCUUAAUGGAACACCAACGGCUUCAAGACGUAGGCCGCCUUUAAGGCGUGGAAGGGUAUCACCUCGCCUUCUGGUGCCUGAUCAUAUACAGCUGCCCCCUUACACAAGUUCAAAUGAGGUUCCAGAAAUUUCCAGUGAAUUUCAAAUUCCUGAUGCUGAAGGGAUUGUUCACAUGAGGGCUGCCUGCGAGCUUGCUGCAAGGGUCCUUGACUAUGCAGGAACAUUGGUCAGGCCAUCAGUGACAACAAAUGAAAUUGAUAAAGCAGUACACCAAAUGAUUAUUGAUGCUGGUGCUUAUCCUUCACCACUUGGUUAUGGGCGCUUCCCGAAGAGUGUUUGUACUUCAGUCAAUGAGUGCAUGUGCCACGGAAUACCUGAUUCUCGUCAGUUGCAGGAUGGCGAUAUCAUAAAUAUCGACGUAACCGUAUACUUAAAUGGUUAUCAUGGAGAUACGUCGAAGACUUUUCUCUGUGGCAAUGUUAAUACUGCAACGAAAAGGCUUGUGAAGGUGACUGAAGAGUGCCUUGAAAAAGGCAUUGCUGUCUGCAAAGAUGGUGCUCCUUUUCGAAAAAUUGGGAAGAGGAUUAGUGAACAUGCUGAAAAGUUUGGUUUUGGCGUGGUAGACCGAUUUGUUGGGCACGGUGUGGGGACCAUAUUUCAUUCUGAACCAUUAAUAUUCCAUUGUCGCAAUGAAUUUCCUGGUGUCAUGGUUGAAGGCCAAACUUUUACAAUUGAACCGGUUCUCACACUAGGUACCAUUGAGAGUAUAACAUGGGAAGAUAAUUGGACAACUUUGACCAAAGAUGGUCGCCCUUCGGCACAAUUUGAGCACACAAUAUUAAUUACCAGAACUGGAGCAGAAAUUUUGACAAAAUAUGAGUAAGAUGAUCCACGGAAGGAAGUGGUACUGAUUUUUGACUAUCCUUCCGAUAUACAGUUCCAACUAUAGUCUAACGGGGAGGAAGUAAGAACCUUGCACUACUUUCACGCGUCAAACAUAAAGGACUUCUUGCAGCUGUGCUAUAGGAAGAUUAUAUUAAUUCUGGAUCACACUGAAACUAUGGUCUAAAAGUAAUCCAAGCUGGUUUUGCCUACAGACAAACUAAACGGCCUUCAGAGAAUUCUCAGAACUCAGAAAGUGUAGGCGUUACUUAACGUAUUUGUGGCUCUUAUAUAUCUAAAUUUUGUAUUGGGUAGUCAACUAGUUCAAUAUUUAUACUUAUGUAGGCUAGGCUAAAAGAUUUAGGGGGAAUCAAACAUAUAUUAUAUAGUUCUUAAGUCCGUCCCUCGGUCAUUAUUGGCAGAGUGAUCAUCUGUGAAUUCAUUGGUUUUAGGUGCAAAUGUCGCUUUGUUCAUCCAAUUAUGCGCUUGAUUCAGGGAUGUAUAUUUCUGUACCUUUGUAAUGUUUAUAAGUAAAUUCAGGGAUGUGAUUAAUUUUAUAA